ACAAAGACAGCGAUCAAAAUUUCGGAGGCGGAAAUCAUGGAACAGAUGCCACCAGAGGUACAAGUUCAAACAGCACGUCGUGCUGCUGUCGUCCGACGAGAAGGGACCAACACAGCGAGAGAAUUUCAAUUUAUGAAUCGCAGCAACGAUCAUAAUGAUGAUAAUAACAAUAAAAAUGGCAAUCUAGCCCGAGGAUGUGCGUUGAUGACGCGUGUUGUUGAUAAGAUAUUCCCACCAGAACCUGGUCAUGAGACUGUACCGCCUUGCGGAGCUCAGUAG